UGGCCCCAUGUCAAGCUCUUGGCCCCGGGCCUGGCCGCUGCCUUCGUGCUCACAGCGCUCACGGUGGUGCGCCCGGUCAUUGAACGUAUCGGUCCGCAAGCUUUCCUAAUGGCUCCGAAUCUCUACCUCUUUGUAUACCCGGGUAGGGUAACCGUUGGACAACACUUCGAAUCAGUCUGCCUUUGCCUUCUCGGUGGCUUCCUCGGCCUAGGUAUUUCAUUCCUUGCAGUAUGCGGAACCGUGUGGAUUCAGGGGGAAGGCGUCGCUGAAUACACUGAUCCGAAGGCCAGAGCAGUAUCCGUGUGUACGCUCCUUGCUCUGACGUUCAUCGGUGGCUGGGGAUCGUCCUCGUAUCCGAGGUUCAGAGUGGCUGCGAGGGCUCUCCUUCUCUUUGCGAGCUGGGUUCUCACCACAGGCGCUGCUAGCAUCAAUUACGAUCUUGUUUCUGGUUACUGGUACGGCCUCUGCGUAACAGCAGGCGUAUCCCUCUUCGCGAAAGUUCUUGUCUUCCCGACUACAGCCAGUCGCAGUGUCAACACUCUCUUGCGCGAGAACCUCGAGGCGACGUGUGACUUCGUCAAUUUGGCACUGCGAGACUUCUUCGGUGGAUCCGCGGAGACGUCCAACAAGCUACGCAGUGCUCGAAGCCGACUCUCUACAACGGCAACUAAACUGCCGGGAGCCUUCGAACAAGCUAGCCAUGAGUUCCACCAGGGUCGUGUGGCCAUGUCGACCUAUCACGAUUUGGCCAGUCCCAUGAAGCGAAUCAAAGGCUGGACAGCGGCAGGCAUGGGUAUACCAUCAUUGACCGAAUCGACUGAUCACGGUGAACGCAAUGGUCAUCCCGGAAAGCAAAGCGAACUCGUUCAAGACUGCGAGACAAAUGGGACAGAGGUAGACAGCGAGGCCGACUUGCCUUCACCUUCCUCCGUUUUCCAGCCGCAUGUCACUGCUCUUGCACUAGAAGUAGAGCGGUCGUUCCGAAUGGUUCAGAGCGUUAUUGAGCUCAUUGAAGCCUCAGAGAGGUUCGAUCUCCUUGUCUGGCUAGGCUUUCGGAGGGCGGAAGGCCUCUGGGAAAGGGCAAAUCUCCCAGCAACCCGCGAGGCCUCCAAUACGGGUCUCCCUACGCCUGCUCUUGUGCAGCAGAGACAAAGACUCUCCGAAGCCAUCUCUGCUUUCACCCACUCCCUUGAAGCAGCUCUUGAGACCUUGCGCACUGAACAGUCACAAGCAGAGACCUCAGCCCGCAUUCGCCCUGGUCAGGUGUCCAACCUGUGGGAAGACUCGAUGUACGAAACUGCCUUCUUCAUGGUUUCAAUGGCCGAAAUAGCACGAGAAGCAGAGCGUUGCUUGAAGGCUUCGCAGCGCCAUGUAUCGAUCUGGCAGGCGAGUCCUCAUCGACGCAUUUUUAGACCAGCCGUCCGAUGGUCAAAGUGGCUGGCCCGGACGAGCUACGCAGCUGCAGACGAACCCAAUCUGCUCUCUGAGCAAGAGGGUGUAUCGCUUGCCAGCGCUCUUGCCGGGGCCGAAACGGAGGGCGAGCUCUUCCACCGCAUUUUCACUGAUGGUGGUAAGACCAAGUCUCAAUCCACUCCGCAUCUGCCUUCGCGUAGCAACGUGCUACGUCGGCUCUGGCGUGUUCCUGACGUCGUGAAAGCUCGUCUGGCUAUCUCAUUCUUCAUCCUAUCGCUGCGGAGGAACCGACAUGCUCGCUUCGGUAUGAAGCUCGCCAUUGGCGUCGUUCUGCUGAGUCUUCCAGCAUGGAUCCCAGAAGCCAGGACAUGGUACGGUCCUCAACGAGGAGUCUGGUCUCUUCUGAGUUACAUCUGGGUCUUCGAAGCGACGUCUGCUGCGACUCUUCGGUUGGCUUCUCUCAGGCUCGUGGGGACCAUCUCGGGUGUGAUACUGGGCUUGGCAGCCUUCGAGAUCUCGAGAAGGAAUCCAUACGCCCUCACCUUCGUCCAGACGCUCUUCCUGGCCCCUUCUGCCUAUUUCAUCACGGAAAGCAAACACCCAGCUUUAGGUCUCAUCAUUGGCGCUGCAUUGUCGCUAGUGACAGGUGUUGCAUACGUGACGCCGAUAGUGCCGAGUGGAGAGGUGUCCACCUCAUCUGCUCCGACUGUCGCUCUCACCCGAGGCUGCGAAGUUGUCGUAGGAAUCGUAGCUGCCGUGAUCAUCAACCUGAGCCUGUGGCCCUAUCACGCCAGGGUGGAGUGCGUUGCCACCCUAUCUGAGGCCAGCACCAAGAUGAACCUGUUCUACACCUCUUUGGCUAGACAGAUGCUGCAGGCCGGUCUCCUAGCGACCGACUCUAUUCAAGAGCGAUUCGAAAAGAUGGAGACUGCUCUGGUGAAGAGGCUUGCCUUUGCUCGCACCCUCAUCGAUGUCAUGAGCGCCGAAGUCUCUCUAGUGGUCAAGCCGAUUACUGAGCUGACUAGCAUUGCAGGCCGUUUGGAGAACAUCGUCAGUCUGCUAUCAGCAUUGCGUCAAUGCCGCGAGCGCGGACUGCAGAGUAACCACACAGCAGCAGUCAUGAACACUUUUCACGAGCGGCAGAAUGUGGUGAGCGCCGUCUCCCUUUCGUUCUGGGCCGUAGCGCAAGCUCUAGCAACCAAAGCUCCUCUGCCGCAGUUUCUGCCUUCGCCACGAGCAGCUCUGAAUGCUCUGACAUCUGCUCUUCAGGAAGCCCUGCUGGACGAAGAGCUCAAGCUGUCGGACCUUCCUGGUAGCAGUCGAGAGGUGUCUGGCGGGGAGAGGUUUGUGCCGCAAGCAUACUACGCCUUGAUGAGGGCCGGGGAGCAUCUGCAAUGGAGAGGAAGGAACGGAUCCCCUAGUCGGAGCGGCACCUCGACCCCUCUGAGGUCGCAGCAGCACAAUCAGAGCAAGGUUGCUCCUCACACCGCAUCCCAUGUCUCCCAGACACCUCACGAUGUACCUAGCGCACCUUCUCCGAGGACGCCUCGCGAUGGCGUGAGCCACAUCAACCGUGCCCGCUUCUGGGUCAUGGCAGAGCAAUCGCUUCUGGCUCACAUCGUCACGGAGAUCGAGCACCUGCUGGAUGAGACGCGCAACCUGUGCGGCGAAGUCACUUUUGUCGCCGUAGAG